UUUUUUUUUUUGCUUCCUGCCUCUGAGGCUAUGUGCCCGGUUGCCUAGCAACUUCCCCCAAGCUUCUCCUGCGCGAGAAGGAGGCGGAUCAUUCAGAAAGCCACGCUUCUGCUAUGGCCAAAUUCGUCCUCGCAGGUAAGGCAGACUGCCCGUUUUAUGCUAAAGCAGAAUUACUUGCUGACUACUUGGAUAAAAAUUUGCCAAACUUCAGGAUACACAAGAUUACGCAACAUCCUGACAACUGGGAGGCAUGGCUACAAGAGACCUGUGAAAAGAAUGGAUGGAAACACAAGCGUUCUCCAAUUAUUUGGAGAGAACUCUUGGAUCGUGGUGGAAAGGGCCUUCUUCUGGGAGGAUACAAUGAAUUCUUGGAGCAUGCUCAGCACUACUAUAACAUUUCAUCAGACAUGAGAACUGCAGAGAUGCUCCUCAUAGCUAAAGAGAACCUGCAGACUCGUAUAAUAAUCGACAAGGAGGAGGAAGAACUUAAAAGCCUUAUCAACCCCUUGCAUAUUUGGAUUAACAGUGCAUGUGUUAAUAUCUGCUAUCAACUGAUUCCUUUGUUUACCAAUGGUGAGAUAUUUGGAAUGGAAAGUGAAGUCAGUAUUCACUUGCUGGAUCGAAGCAGUUACAAAGACAUUCUUGAAGGUAUUGUUAUGGAGACCCAGGACUUGGCAUCCCCCCUCCUUCGCAGUGUCUCCUCACACACCGAACUGAAUGAGGCUUUUCUCGAUGCCGACGUUAUUGUUUUACUGGAUGAUAUCCUUCAGGAGAGUAUCCCAACGAUUGAAGAUUGCAUCCGGCAAGUGACCCAUCAGUGUGAGAUAUAUGGUCCUCUGAUAGAGAAGAACGCCAAAAGUAGUGUCAGAGUUGUGGUGAUGGGGAAAACCUUUACUAACCUUAAGGCUUUGAUGCUUAUGACAUAUGCCCCAUCCAUCAAUCCUCGAAAUAUUGUCACUAUUGCCAUGCUGUUGGAAAGUGAAGCCAAGGCUAUGGUGGCCAGAAAAUUGCAAAUGCACCCAGCAGGAAUAAAAAAUCUCAUUGUCUGGGGUAAUAUUUGUGGAUGUAGCUACGUUGAUCUGAAUAGAACAGAGCUCUAUAGAUAUGACAGUGCCAUCUGGGGCCCACCAAGUUUCUUCCGUCAUUUGUUGGAUGUGCUGUUUGAUCGUGAAUGGAUGCGUACUGAAUUUGUGACUGCAUUGAGUUCAUUAAGUUCUUGGGGAAGUCACUGCUUAGGCUUGGCACCUGCACAUACCAUUGCUACCAUGCUGAGAUACUGGUACCAGGGCUCCCCACCAGGCGAGAUGGUUUCCCUAGGAGUGAUCACUGAAGGUCAGUUUGGGCUUCCUGAAGGUAUUGUUUAUUCCAUGCCUGUCAGGUUUGAGAAUGGUACCUGGAUUGCCUUUACAGAACUAGAAAUUGACGAGAAAACAGACGAAUAUCUCCACAUUCUAGCCUGUGAUCUGAUUCGGGAAAAACAGGUUGCAUUAGGUGAAGUAGAAGAAAUGUAUCCACAGAGAGGAGUUCGUAAGGCACGUAUUUAUGUGGAGGACGAAGAGGAGGAGGCGGCAGAGGAGAGUCCUGAAGAUGUCAAAUAUGCAACAAGUCUCUUGGAAAAUGAAGAUCAAAUUACUGCUGAAGAAACUGGAGGAUCGAGGAGUCCAGAAGAAGAAAAUGAAGAAGAAAGUUUUGAUGUUCCUGGUGACUACUUUUAAGCAAUUUGAGCAACAGUGAACAAAGCUAAUUUAUUACUGCUCACUUCCAUUGGACUGAGAGAAUUCUUGGAUAAAACAGCUUCUGUGACUCAACAACAAUAGAUUUGGUGCAGAAAAAUGCCAAAUGGGCUUUCUGUAUAUCAUGAAACGUGUAACUAUGUGAAAUCCUAAGCAUAUUAGUUUUCUUUGCAUACACUAAACAUUUGUGAUGUGGUUAGCUAGAUCCAUCUCAGCUGCAAUAUUUGGGCUAAACCACCUUAGUUUCAUUUCAUUCUAUUUACACUAUCUGAAAAGUCAUUUUCCAGGUUAGAAAAAGGUGUAAAGUAUUCAAAGCACUUAAAUGUUCAACUUAAGAAAAAACAAUGGUCAAAUAAAAUAUUCAAAAUAAUUGCCUUGGUUCAACAA